AUGUGUAGAGGUUAGUAAGACUUAGUUUUCAACAGCAGCUCAUUCUCCAGUAACACUAUAGUUGCCUUCCAUUUCAUUUCACUUAGAUUGGCAUCUGCACAGCUGCCAAAAUUUUUCUCUGUAAGUCAGAGAACACACUCCCAGGUAAACCUUCAAAAAAGGUAUUUCAAAGGAGGCAGCUGGUAUUCGGACUGCUAGAGAAGGCAUUGCCACCUCGCUUCAGACAGAGGAUUUCCGCUGAUUGCUUUCUGUCGUUUCAUCUCUAUUCUGCGCUCAGUCCCUUGUUUUGUCUUGAGGUCCCUGUUUUCCUGUACCCAACCAAGAGCCAAUCAAGAAGUAAAGAGGAGCAAACACGCCCGCCCACUCCCAAUUUCCUUUGCUCUGCUGUCUGCCAACCGCAAAGCCGAUCGAGACAGAGCCGCUGUCAACUCUUCAACUCAGCUCAGCUGAUCGGUUGCCGCUGCCGCCGCCGCCAGAUUCCUGAGGCGAAGAACGCGAAGCUGAGAACAUGGACGUUAAUAUCGCCCCACUCCGCGCCUGGGACGAUUUCUUCCCGGGUUCCGAUCGCUUUGCCCGGCCAGACUUCAGGGACAUUUCCAAAUGGAACAACCGCGUGGUGAGCAACCUGCUCUAUUACCAGACCAACUACCUGGUGGUGGCUGCCAUGAUGAUUUCCGUUGUGGGGUUUCUGAGUCCCUUCAACAUGAUCCUGGGAGGAAUCGUGGUGGUGCUGGUGUUCACAGGGUUUGUGUGGGCAGCCCACAAUAAGGACGCCCUUCGCCGGCUGAAGAAGCGCUACCCCACGACGUUCGUUAUGGUGGUCAUGUUGGCGAGUUAUUUCCUUAUAUCCAUGUUUGGAGGCGUCAUGGUCUUUGUGUUUGGCAUUACUUUUCCUUUGCUGUGUAAUGAUGUUUAUCCAUGCAUCGUUGAGACUCCGGAACCUCAAGAACAAACUGGAGAAUAAAAUGGAAGGAAUAGGUUUGAAGAGGACACCGAUGGGCAUUGUCCUGGAUGCCCUAGAACAGCAGGAGGAAGGCAUCAACAGACUCACUGACUAUAUCAGCAAAGUGAAGGAAUAAACAUAACUUACCUGAGAUAGGGUUACAGCAGAAAUUGAGUUGCAGUUUGCCCUUGUCCAGACCUACUUUCUGCUUGUGUUUUUGAAAUAGGAGGUGCACGUACCACCCAAUUAUCUAUGGCAGCAUGCAUGUAUAGGCUGAACUAUUAUCAGCUCUGAUGUUUCAGAGAGAAGGCCUCAGAAACUGAAAGAAAACCACCACCCUCCUAUUGUAUCUGAAGUUUCACGUGUGUUUAUGAAAUCUAAUGGGAAAUGGAUCACACGAUUUCUUUAAGGAAAUAAAAAAAAAUUAUGGCUUUUACAGCAACAAUACUGUUACAGGAAUAAAAAAAUUGUCAAGUAUCAAGACCAUACAAGUAAAUGAAAAGGCUGUUAAAGUAGAUGACAUCAUGUGUUAGCCUGUUCCUAAUCCCCUAGAAUUGUAAUGUGUGGGAUAUAAAUUAGUUUUUAUUAUUCUCCUUUAAAAAUCAAAGAUGAUCUCUAUCACUUUGCCACCUGUUUGAUGUGCAGUGGAAACUGGUUAAGCCAGUUGUUUAUACUUCGUUUACAAAUAUAAAGAUAGCUGUUUAGGAUAUUUUGUUACAUUUUUGUAAAUUUUUGAAAUGCUAGUAAUGUGUUUUCACCAGCUGGUAACUGUUGCAAACUUAAUGUCAUUUUCCUUAAGAUGGUUACAGCUAUGUAACCUGUAUUAUUCUGGACAGACUUGUUAAAAAACAAACAGACAAAAAAUAAAACAAAACGAGUUCUAUUUACCUUGCACAUCUUUUGUUGUUACAGUGAAAAAGAAAAAAUGGUCCAAGAAAAUGUUUCCCAUUUUUGUAUUAUUUAGUUUUUAACUGGAACAUUUAGAAAGAAGGAAAUAAACGUGCAUUUUAUUAAUUCCUUAGAGACACAAAGAGGACAAUAAUAGCUGAUCUUUUGAAAGUUGAAAAACGUCUUUAGAUGACCAAGCAAAAAGACUUUAAAAAAUGGUAAUAAAAAUGGAAUGCAGCUACUGCAGCUAAUAAAAAUUUUAGAUAGCAAUUGUUACAACCAUAUGCCUUUAUAGCUAGACAUUAGAAUUACGAUAGCAUGAGUUUAUACAUUCUAUUACUUUUCCUCCCUUUCUCAUGUUUUUAUAAAUAGGUGAUAAAAAUGUUUUGCCUGCCAAUUGAAUGAUUUCAUAGAUGAAGUAGAAACAUUUAGGUUUCCGUUGCAUUAAAUUGUGAAGACAACUGGAGUGGUACUUACUGAAGAAACUCUCUGUAUGUCCUGGAAUAAGAAGCAAUGAUGUGCUGCUUCUGAUUUUUCUUGCAUUUUAAAUUCUCAGCCAACCUAUAGCCAUGAUCUUUAGCACAGUGAUUAUCACCAUGACUUCACAGAUACGGUCUAGAAUCUGUACCCUUACCCAAAUAUGAAGAAUAAAAUUGAUUAAAGGUUU